AUGUCAAACCCAAUGAACGCCCGCGACGCAGCCAGUAAAUCUUCGCUUUCUGUCGUUCUGCGCAAGUUCAGUGUUCUUGCGCAGCGGCCCGAACCGAAGAAGUACCCGCCGAUCUCUUCUAUCCCUCGUACAUCAGCUGCACGCUUGGCUCAAGCUGCCGAGGAUCAUGUCAUCGAUCGAGACCAUCCUGCGCCAAAGACAUAUCUCUAUCUCGCUUAUGGAUCCAACCUCGCCGCCGAGACAUUUCUGGGCGUUCGUGGCAUUAGACCUCUGUCCCAGGUGAAUGUCUCAGUGCCAACGUUGGAGCUUAAGUUCAACCUUCCUGGAAUUCCUUAUCGCGAACCAUGCUUUGCGAACGUCGAUUACAGAAAGCUUCCUGAGAAGCCAAAGCUGCCUCCAAAGGUGCCAAUCCCACCUUUUGAGCCUCCGCAACCACCUCACUCUGAGGAGAUUAGGUGGGAUGAAGGUCUUAUGGGUGUGGUGUACGAAGUAACAGAGGAGGAUUACCGCACCAUCAUCCGCACUGAAGGUGGCGGAGCAGGUUACAAAGAGAUUGUCGUGCCUUGCAUACCACUGCCUCCCAAGAUGUCAAUCCCUGAGAAGCCAUUUCCCGAUAUUCCUCGACCUUUUCUGUCAAGAACGCUUUUCGCACCACAGAUUCCUGACAAGGAUCUGCCCGAUGACCCUCGCAAGCACAAGUGGUGGUAUCGCUUUCUGCUCGGUCCUCAGCGUGAGCCUGGCUAUGCACAGGCCAGUGCUCGAUAUCUCAAUCUCAUCAAAGAUGGUGCCAAAGAACACGAACUUCCCGAUGGAUAUCAGCGUUACCUGCACUCACUACAGCCAUACACGAUAACAACGUUGAGACAGAGGAUAGGCGCAUUCUUUUUCCUGUUCUUCACUAUCUUUUUCUUCGGAACAGUCAUUCUUCUGUCCAAGUUUCUGGCCGAUAAGCGCGGCAAAGUGCCACAAUGGUUAGCUGUCACUAUGACUGUUAUGUUCACUGUUGCCUGGAUGGUUUACGAUAAUGUUUUCAAGCCUGUUUUUGGAAAUGGUGAAAGGACUGAAGAGAAGGACGAGAGGAAAUCACACGGGCGGAAACGCUCUCUGUCGGCCAUGCUUAAUCACUUCCCUUCGGUAGAUGAAGAGAAGGUGGAAUUAUUGGGCGAGUAUAACUGA